AUGAGAGAUAGAAUGUGGUGUGAAUUCUUUGAUACUUUCAAUUUUUAUGAAUCUAUAGCUCCUGAUGAAUACACCUACAUUAGAAAAACAAGAGAUGGUACAACUAAAACUCACCCUGAUCAUAUAUUCGUUUCAAAUAAUAUUAUUAUUAGAAAUAAGAAGAUUUUACCAUCAAUAACUAAGAAUGAUCAUCAACCAUUCUAUAUUGAUAUUGAAUUAGAGACUAAUGAUACAUGGAGACCAUAUAUUAGUCCAACAAAGAUUCAAAAAUUUAUUGAAUCUAUUAACAGAGAAGUUCCUGAUAGCUUUAAUGAAUUAGAUAACAAAAUUAAAUCCUUUAUUAUUGAAAAUUUAAGAAAGAAUGAUAGAAUUCGAAUUAAAACUAAUGAAUCAGAAUUAAGACAAGAGAUUAAGUCGAAAGAAGAGGAAUUGAAUGAUCUCAUUAAUUCAGAGAACAAUGAUACAGACCAAAUAGAAAGAGUUAGAUCUGAAAUUAAAGACCUUUAUCAUAGAUGUGCAGAGGAAAUUAAGAGAAAGAUUUCUGAAUCAUUUAAUCGAUACGAUUCAUCAUUAAUAUAUCAAUUUGAUAGACAUAUUAAGGAGAAGUCAAUUAACUGGAAACAAGUUGAUUUUGAAGAAGAGGAAUUGAUUGACUACUUUGAGCAAAAGUUCCAAUCUAAAACCGAUUCAAUUCAAUUUAAUUGUGCCCCAUCUACUAUUUCAAAGGGCCCAUCAAAAAUCAAAAUAACUAUGAAUUCUGUUAAGAAAGCUAUUCAAAGAAUGAAAUCUAACACACCUGGACUAGAUUUUAUAUCAUUUAAUAUUAUUAAGAAACUAUCAGAUGAUAAUUUAAAGCUGUUAAAAAUGAAACCAAAAAUUAAUGAUACCAAAAUACCACUUGAAGAAAAUGUACGAGUUCUUGGUCACUAUCCAUGGGAUGAUAAAAUGGUAAAAGAAGACAUUAUGAAUAAGAUUGCUAAAUUUCAACUAUCACUGAAAUAUAUGCCUAUUAUGAGAAUGGAAAUUCCAAAUAUUGGAAAAGUGAUACAUGCUAAAUGUAUCAGUUUAUUCACACAUUUAUCUAGAUGUAAUAUCAUACCAGCAGCUUUAGGUGAUAAAAUAGAUACUGCUAUUAGGAAAUGUAUUAGAAGAAGAGCUCAUUUAGAUUUAAGAAGUCACACUCAUUGGUUCCAUUUACCUAUUGAAUAUGGAGGAUUGGGUAUUCCUAACUGUAAUGAUUUCAUUCAAAGAAUUAAUAUUAACUCUAUUUUAUAUUUAACAAAUAGUAGAAACCCUCUAGUAAGAGAGGCAAUUAAAGAUGGGAUCAAACAUGCUGGUAAAAAGAAGAGAAUUAGCAAUAUCUUUGAUAGUAUUCUACAAACUAUGAAACGAUAUAAUAUCGAAUUGAAGGAAUGUAAUGAUAUUGACAAUGAUAUUAAUUUGGAUCAAAUGGAGGGUCAUUCAUUUAAUAUUCACACAGAUGGAUCAAAAAUUGAAAACCAAGUGGGAUUUGGAAUUAAUAUAUAUAAUUCAGAAAAUAGAAGUUUCAAAUAUUCCUUCAAGAUUCAUGAAGAAUAUUCCAAUAACGUGGCUGAAAUCAUGGCUAUAUUAACAGCAAUCAAAAUGCUGCCAAAUCAUUCCAAUGCUAAUGUACAUACUGAUAGUCAAGUUGCUAUUGAAGUUUUAAAAAAGAGUUACAGAGGAGACUUUCAAGGAUUUCAAGAAGAAUUCUUUGGUACCAUUAAGGAUAAACAUUUAAAUAUCCAUCUAGUUAAAGUGAAAGGGCAUGAAGAUCCAGAGAAUAUUAUAGUUGAUAAAUUAGCAAAAGAAGGUGCACAAGGACAAAAUAUGAUUGAUAUUACCAAACUAUUAUCCCAAAACCAAAAGAUUUUAAUUAAUACUAAUAAGAAAACAAUCAUCUUUGACUAUAGAAAAUACAUCAAAGAUAUCCAGAGAAAAGAAUAUUUAGAUAUUGUUGAGGAUAAAUCUGACUUACCUUUUAACCAAAGUCAGUCCCUCACUAAUAUCAAUUUGAAAUAUAUGGAUCAAAGAUUUGACACUGAAACCAAAUUGUCAAUUUGGAGAAACAUGACCGACUCACAUAUUAGACAAUUUCGUCAAGUUUAUUGUGAUAACUGUGAAUGUGAAGUGGAUUUGGAACAUUUCAUAUACUACUGUGAAGAAACCGAAUGUUUUAGAAGAUAUUUCUUAACUAAAUUCACGAAUCUUACAGGAGCAUCCUGUAAGCUUCGUCCCCAUGACACUUUUUGGGAUAGACACAAUUCAAUUCUCAAUUUAAAUCAUAGAGGCUUUAUUAAGGCUUUAAAUAUUAUUUUAGUUAAAUCCUAUAAUCCUAAAAUCAUUGAUAAUUGGCAUGAAAUUCAAAGUCUAUUAUCACUACUUGUUGGUAAAGCACACAGAAAAUAUUACUCAUGUUCUCUUAAUUCAAGAUAA